AUGAAGGCUUUCUCCUACUUCAGCUAUGCCCUGCUAGCAUUUGUUUCACUUACUGAAGCUCACCCGGGGAUGGGUGACACGAUGAACGAAAUGCGCUACCUUGCAGCUCGUGAGAAGCGUGCAGCUUCGAAAGAGCUUAUUGGCGACCUCAAGACAUUGGCAGACUCCAAACUCACUGCUAUUGGCAAGGACAUCAAAGCCAUCAUACUUGACCAAAAGUCUGCUGAGUCGGCUACCAUAGAUGGCUCUAUUCCGGCUGGCAACAUCGGAAGCGCUGCCUGCAAAGCUGAUCUGUGCUGCCAUUGGAAAUGGUUGGCGUACGAAAUGACCGCCAAAUUCAACGGUACAUCCGGUCGUUGCAGCAAGUUUGCUCGUCAAGCCGUCCGCCUGGGUUUCCAUGAUGCAGCCGUCUGGUCUAAGAGCAGCAGUUAUGGUGGUGCAGACGGCAGUAUCCUCCUUAGCGACGAGAUGUCGCGUGCGGACAACAACGGUCUUUCGGCAAUUGCUGAUCAAACAAAGAAGUGGUAUACCAAAUACAAUCAAUACGGCAUGAGUAUGGCAGAUAUCAUUCAAUUCGGUGCCAAUGUCGCGACCGUAGUUUGUCCGCUUGGACCACGACUUCGAACCUUCGUUGGGCGCAAAGAUAAUAGCAAGGCUGGCCCUACCGGCCUUCUUCCUGGAGAAAAGGACUCUGCAGACAAGCUCAUCAAGCUUUUCCAAGACAAAACCAUCGAUGCUCAUGAUCUCGUAGCUCUUGUCGGGGCGCACACUACUUCGCAACAACACUUCGUCGAUACCACUCGCGAUGGUGACCCACAAGACUCAACCCCUGGUGUCUGGGAUAUGGCUUUCUACCCGCAGACUACGAAUAAUGCGCCUGUCCGUGUCAUCAAAUUCCAAAGCGACAUCAACUUGAGUAAGGAUUCUAGAACAAGUCCUUCGUGGCAGCAGUUCAGCGAUCGGGCUACUGCUCAGGGUCGAUGGAACGCGGACUAUGCUAAGGCUUACACGCGUUUGUCGCUUCUCGGCGUGAACAACAUCAACGACCUCAAAGAAUGCACCAAGGUCUUGCCCGCAGAACGGCCUACGUUUGUUAGCGAGGAUCAGGUCUUGCUCGACAGAUGGCUCAACGGCGAGUUCGAUCAACUUAAUAACUUGGUGGAUGACGCUAUUCAGCUUACAGGUGUGAUAUCCUCCAGAGAAGAGAAGCCUUGA